AUGGAGUACCAAAUUGAUGCAGCCACUCAUCUUCGGAAGAUCCUGAGCGUUGAGCGAGACCCGCCGAUCGACAAGGUGCUCACGCUCGGCGUCGCACCGCGUCUUUUGGAACUCAGUCAGCAGAUGGAUGCACCGAAGUUGCAGUUCGAGACUCUCUGGGCCAUCCUGAACAUUGUCUCUGGGGACGUGCACCAAACACAGGCCAUCGUCGACCUCGAUGCCGUGCCGAUCAUUACGACUUUGCUGAGGGACUGCACCAACGCCGAUGUGCUGGAGCAGGGUGUGUGGGCGUUGGGGAACAUUGCAGGCCCGGCCCGGGGUGCUUUCGAAGCUGAGGCCCAGGUCUUGAAGGUCCUGGAGAACACCACCAAGCCGCUCAGUGAUCAGCUGGAGGGCCGUCAGGAAGUUCUCACAGACGCCUUGUGGACGGUGUCCUAUGUCUCGGAUGGCACAGACAGAUAUAUCCAGGCCGUUUUAGCCGCCUGGCACUGCCAAGUUAAAGCACAGCGGGCCCCGUGCUCAGAUUUCCUCGCAGGGGUUGACUACCUCAUCAAGAGCCAGGAGCCCAUUCAUGCCCAUUCCAAGCGAGUGUUGAAGAGCGAGAAAGGCCAAGAGACCCCUGAAUCCGCCGCGGCUCUGCUCAAGUGGCUAGAGUUAGUUCAAGACAACGACAGGGAGAUCUUGGAGCGGCCCCGAGUGCAAGAGACGUGUUCGACAAGCAGCUCGAGUUGUCACGAGUCCGUUUGCAUGUCGAGCUUGGUGUUCAUCUGGUCCGACGUCCUCAAUAGGAAACGCAGCUGUGGCCUCUACAAAAAUUCGGUAAAGGAGCUUCAUGAAAGUAAGAAGAUUUGCACAUCCUUGGCUAAGAUGUCCAAUCAGCAGGUGCUUCGGCAGAAGUCUGUGGCAGCAAGGAGCCGAGAGGGACAGAAGUUCCCAUUAGAUGACACAGGGGUCGGCGUGCUAGGCUUCUUUGGCGUGCUGGCAAAUGCAGCCCGUGAUGCAGAGCACGCUGUGAAGAAAGAGGUGGCCUUCGCACUGGCUAAUGCCAGUGAGAAGAAGAGCAUGGCGACUGGGAUGGUUGACGCUGGCUGCCUUGAAGCCAUGCAGGCCAUGCUGGACAGCCACGACCCGAAACUGCAGGACCUGUCCGUUGUGUUUGCCACAAACAUUUGCGAGGCCGUGCAGGCUCGCAAAGCAGAAGGAGAAGAAUCUGGCAGGUGGACGUGCUUUGAAGCAGUCCGCGGCUGGCUUGCAAUUCUCCACUUGGUGUCUCCAUCUCUGUCGUUUGGUGGGGUUUCCUGCAGUUCAACUAGGGGAAGCUUGGGGCGCAGCUCGAACUUGAGUGCCUGUCCUAAAAAAAUAAGAAGCCCUAAACCUACAAAGCGCACACUGAGGCGGCUAUUACACUGA